UUGAAAAACUGUUUUGAACUGUCGAAGCCUCUAAAAACCGCAGGAUUUUUCAGUAAUUUUGCACUUUAGGAGGAAACAUUUAAUGAUGGAGAACACGACAGGAGAUUUUGCACAGCUAGAGCUGGUUUCAACCAUCGGAUUUGCCGGCUGUAUCCCAGGGGGUCUGAUGGUACAUCCAGAUGAACAGCAUUUAAUCUACUCUGUUGGAAACACUAUAACCAUCCAGCAUAUUACCAGUGGUAAACAGAGAUUUCUUGUUGGUCACACUGACAACAUUUCAUGCAUUGCCGUGUCCAAAACUGGCCGCUACAUAGCUUCGGGCCAGGUCACACACAUGGGCUUCAAGGCGGACAUAAUUGUCUGGGACUAUGAGACGUGCUCUAAAUAUUGCUUGCUGACUCUGCAUAAAGUGAAGGUGGAGGCGCUGGCAUUUUCUCCAAAUGAUAAGUAUUUGGUUUCGCUUGGAGGACAGGAUGACAAUAGUGUUGUCAUCUGGAAUAUUAAAAAGAAAGAAGCAAUCUGUGGUUCACCAGCUGCGGUGCCAAGCUCUGGUACCUCGUAUGUUGUUGCUUUUUCAAAUCAUAGCGACGAACUCUUUGUCACAGGUGGAAAUAAGACCCUCAGAGUCUGGGAGCUAGAUCUUGAGAACCGCAAGAUCAGGCCAACUGAUUGUAAUAUGGGACAGUUGAAAAGGAUCAUCAAGUGCAUCAAGGUUGCUGAAGAUGACAAAUCAUUUUACUGUGGAACAACAAGCGGUGAUAUUUUGGAAAUGAACAUAAAAACGAGGCUGUUUCGUCAUCAUGGUCCACAGAAAGACAAAUUCAGCCUGGGUAUUCAGGCAUUACAGAUACUAAAGACUGGUGAUGUUUUGAUCGGAGCUGGAGACGGUAGCAUUGCGCUGUUGAAGAACCAAACAUACAAACGAGUCAGGACAGCCAAAGUUGAUGGUGCUGUCACGUCGUUGACGUUACGCGGCUCCGGACAUCAGUUCUUCGUAGGAACGCAAAUAUCUCAGAUGUAUCGAUUCAAUCUUAGCGAAUUCACCAGCGAACUCAUCAACACUUGCCACUAUGAGAAAAUCUUUGAUAUCGUUUUUCCACAUGGAUAUUCCGAUGUUUUUGUGACCUCGUCGAAGAAUGAUAUUCGUGUUUGGAACACGAACACCAGCAAGGAAUUGUUGAGAGUCACUGUCCCAAAUAUGGAUUGUAAUGCUGUGACUGUCACUAAUGACGGCAAGGCUAUUGUCAGUGGCUGGAGUGACAACAAGAUACGUGCUUACUCCCCUCAGAGCGGCAAACUAAUAUACACAAUUAACGAUGCCCACAACAAAGGCGUGACCGCCAUAGCAACCACCUCAGAUGGACAACAUUUGAUCAGUGGGGGAGGGGAAGGACAGGUUCGUGUUUGGGCAAUCUCACCUGUCCAACAAAGGAUGUUGGAAGCGAUGAAGGAGCACAAAGGAUCGGUUACCUGCAUCAAGAUUCGCAAGAACGACGAAGAGUGUGUGACUGCCAGCACAGACGGAAGCUGCAUUAUAUGGGAUUUAAAGCGUUUUGUACGAAACCAAGUAAUCUUCGCCAACACUUUGUUCAAAGCUAUCUGCUAUCAGCCAGACGAGUGUCAGAUUUUAACAGCAGGCACGGAUAGAAAGAUUGCCUACUGGGAGACAUUCGAUGGUUCUCAGAUUCGUGAACUGGAGGGGUCGAAGUCUGGAUCAAUCGAGGGCUUAGACAUCUCCUCUGAUGGAACAUACCUUGUCACGGGAGGCGCUGAUAAACUUAUCAAGGUAUGGCACUACGGGGAAGGAUCCAUCACGCACGUUGGUCAAGGUCAUAGUGGUGAUAUUACAAGAUUAAAAAUUUGUCCCAACAGACAAUGGAUUGUCAGUGUUAGUGCAGAUGGUGCCAUACUUCGUUGGAAGUAUCCUUAUUAGAUAAAACAAAACAUUUUGUCAUUUUGUCUUAAAAUCUGCAAAUUAAUGUAUGUACAUAUGAAAAUAGUUGAAAGACAACGUCGACUUGCGUAUAUUAAUGUAUAUUGUGUUCUACAGUAACAGUGCCUUAUGUUUAAAACUAAUAUAUAUUUUAUACAAACGUAUAUGUCUAGGAAA